AUGGAUGCCGGCCGUCCUGCCUUCGACGGCGUCUUUUGCCCCUCCGAUUCUCCAAAGACGACUCCUUUCUAUUCAGACACUCCUCCACUGAGUUCCGUUUCUUCUGAGACGGAUAUUUCCCUCGAGCUUUCCUCCUCGACUGUCUCUCCUACAGACGAGCCGCUCGUGGCCGUCGUAGGCGUGGGAUACAUUGGGACUCACCUUGUCAGCUCCUUCUCCUCGCGAUAUCAAGUUAUUGGCUUUGACAUCACGAAGAGACGCAUUGACAACCUCCGUAAGGAAUUCAAAGGCAAUGAGAGCGUUCACUUCUCAUGGGAUCAGAGUGAUCUUGUUUUGGCUACGCACUUCUUGAUUUCGGUGCCUACUUUAUUGAGACCAGACAAGACUAUCGAUUCUUCCCACCUUCGUGAUGCCCUUAAGAUGGUCGGCAAGGUUGCUCGUCGUGGUUCUACUGUGGUAAUCGAGAGUUCCGUUGCUGUCGGUAUGACCCGUCAGCUCCUCGGUCCCCUUGCUAUGAGGAAAGGACUCUUUGCUGGCAUGUCUCCCGAACGUGUCGAUCCUGGUCGCGUCGAGCCUCCCGUCCAAUCCAUCCCCAAGAUCAUCUCAGGCCUUGAUGAUCUCAUCCCUGGCUCCCUUGGCGCUAUCAGCCGCAUUUACUCGACCAUCUUCGACAAUAUUGUCACCGUCUCCACGCCUGAAGUCGCCGAGAUGAUGAAGCUAUAUGAGAACUGCCAGCGUAUGGUGUGUAUCGCUUAUGCUAACGAGAUGGCUGACGCUUGCAUCCCUCACGGCAUUGACCCCUAUGAAGUGUGCGCGGCUGCUUCCACCAAGCCUUUCGGAUACAUGCCAUAUACUCCUGGAGUCGGCGUCGGUGGUCACUGUAUCCCUGUGAACCCCUUCUACCUUCUUUCGAACAGCAGUUUCCCCUUACUCGAAGCAUGUUCCACGGCCAUGAACAACCGUCCGGCCAAGCUCGCGCAGCGCCUCCUCGAGUCUCUCCCGCAACAAGAAGGCGGCAAGACGCCUCGAGUGCUUGUCGUAGGCAUGGGAUUCAAGCCUGGUCAGUCGCAGCUGGAUAGCUCGCCUGGCGUGGACCUUGUGCGCAACCUUGCCGUGUCGGGCGCUGUAGAAGUGAUGUGGGCGGAUGCCCUGGUCAAGCAGGAAUCGAUCCCACAGAUCGCGAGGCUUGGUGAUGACGAGUGGAGUAGGGAGUGCCUGUUGAGCUUUGAUGUGAUUGUUCUGGCUAUGAAGCAGCACAAGAUGGACUUUGAUCUUCUUGAUGAGUUGGAAGGUGUUCGCGUGGAAAGUUGGUGCAAAUGA